AUGAUAUACGAAGGAAUACGAUAUUUCCCUAAAUACGGAUUUAAUCCAACUUGCGAAACCAACAUAGGUGGUCUCAACGUAUUUAAUGCAUUUGCAAUUUAUUCGAUGCUUUUUGCACUUCCAUCUGUUGUUUUGCCGUUAGUACGCGACUACGACCCUAACAUGGGCAAGCAGUUUUUCCUUGUAGGUGGCGCUUUCCUUACCAGCUUUGUUAUUGUUGUAAUUCCAGGAACAAUUUGUUAUCUUAUUUUCGGAGUUGACACAAAGCAGAUUUCGAUAUCAUCAUUUGAUAGUAAGGAUAUUGUGAUGCAAAUAGUCCGCGUCGGAUUCUUUAUUGUUGUAAAUGCUUCAUAUGCAAUUAUCGGACUUAGCGUUGUUCAGGAUAUAGCAUCUGUUAUGUUUGGUGUCGAAAAUCCUUCCAAACUUCCAACUGGAAAACGCUUAAUUACAAUUUUCAUUACAAAUUUACCUCCUGUUACCGUUGGAAUGUUUUUGCCAGAGAUUCACCCUGUUUUCGAGGUUGGAGGAGCCUUUGGUGGAUGUCUGGCAAAUUUCUUCGUUCCUCCACUUUUGUAUGUACUUGUUAGCAGAUAUAGAUGGUUUAACCCAACAAAUCUUUUCAUGAUAGCACUUUCCUGUGUUGGAAUUAUGGUUGCAGGCCUUGCAACGUACCAAGCAGUAAUAGAUGCUAUCACUCCGGGUUAA